GUGCAAUUUUAAAAAGAAUGCUAGCUGAGUAAAAAUGGCUGCUAGCUCUCCGUCAUCUCCAACAAGUGAGGCUCCAGCUUUAAAGAAAGGAGACGAGGAAAUAGAUGGAGGAAAGGAAGGGACGCCUCCUGUUUCCUCCGAUGCAGUUCCUAUCGGGUCCACGGUAGGCAGCGGUACCUCCUGGGAGUUGAUUCCAGACCCUCCACCCAUCCCUGAAGAACACAAGCACUUGAUACCUCCGACUACCUCCACACAUACUGAAACACCCGUUAAGUUAUUGUGUGGUUAUUUAAGAAAAGAAACUACCCACAGUUUGAUAAAGACAUGGAAACAAAGAUGGGUUGUUGUAGAUGAUGAUAAAUGUUCUCUCAAUUACUUCAAUUCAAAGACAGAUCUACUGCCCCAAGGCUCUAUUGACCUUUCUAAUGCAACGUUCUCUUAUGCAAUUGAGAAUGUUGGAAAGUUUCAAUUUGAAAUUCAAACUCCGUCUUGUACGUAUUCAUUUCAAGCUGCUUCACAAGAUGCCAUGUUCUCGUGGCUGGAAGCUCUCAAGAAAAAGCGUCGUAGAUAUGGAGAGAAAGGAGGAGGAGGAGGAGGGAAGUCUCCUGAAGUUGGACUGAUGAGUUUGGCUAACAAGAAGAAGAGAGAAGGAGAGGGAGAGAGACAGCCAGAGCAAGAAGAGAAUGGCGUGGUUGUUGAUUCUGAUCAACCUAUGAAUACGCCAGGUAACUCAUUCUCUGACAUUCAAAAUUUCAUUAGAAAAUUUCCAAAACCAAAUGCUGUUGUUAAAAGGCUGUCAACUAGUGGCUUGAAUAUAAAAGGGGGAGGGGCUGGGGGUGGGGCAGUAAAGGUAACUGUAGCAGCUGGUGGAGAGGAAGACAGGAAAUCAAGUUUUUAUCUGGACAUAGCAGAAAAUCAAGAAGAGCAGCAACUAGAAUCGCCUGUUGUCUCGUUAACUGAUUUACAAAAACCCAAUGCUGAUAAUAGCGAUACUAAUAACGAUGCAAUGACCACACCUCCUACCAUCAGAUCGAGAAACCCUAUCGGUGGUUGGGUCAAGAAAGUCACUACCUCCAGACAAAGUGAAGUAAUCGAAAACUGUCAGUCUUGUCGAAAGCUUCAAGAGUCUUUGGAUUUCUUGAAAAAUGAAUUGUCUUUGAGAGAACAAGAAGUUAAAGACAGAGAUGAAAUGAUGGAGUUUCUAAGAAGUGAGAUAAGACAUUCUGAUCUUCAAGAUAAAGUCAGGAAAGAAUUGAUUAAAAAUUCUAGUGACAAUGAUGAUAAAAUUGACGUUUUAACUCAAAGGGACCAACUGAUACAAUCAUUGCAGAAUACCCUCGAAUCUUUGAGAAUAGAAAACGACAGAAUCGAAACCGAACUGAAAUCAAAAAGAGAUAAAUGUGCAGAAUUGAAUGAGGAGGUCACCCUUUACAAAGAAACCCUCUCCGUAAAGGACCAGGUGGUCAUGGAAUUGACUAAUAAAAUAUUCAGUUUGCAAACUGGAGGGCAAGUACCAAACAAUCCUCAGGACGUGAUGCUCCCGACCACCACUAAGAUGUUGGAACUUGAAAUAAUGAAACUCAAAGAAACUGUAGGCGCUUAUAAAGAACAGAAUGCGUUUCUGUCUCAGGAAAUAGUCGAAUUAAAUAACUUGAGAACUAACGACUCCAACGACAAGAAACGACUUGAAGGUAAGAUACAAGAGCUUGAAGCAGAGUUAGUCAAAGUCCAGUCCAAGUAUGUCAUAUUACUGAAGGAAGCUCAGACUCCGAAACACAGCCAUGAUUCAGAUGUUGUGAGUCAAAUGAUGGCAGAGGCAAUGGAGCAGCAAGAGACUGGAAAGGAUAGAAGCAGUUCUGAUACCCAGUAUGAUGCGUAUGGCUUCAAGUACGAGAAACUCGAGGCAGACCCUGAUGAGUCCCUCGACUCUUAUGCUAAGAGACUGGACCAAGCCCAGCAACCUGAUGAAGCCCUGGCUAGUCAUAUUGCUAAGUGGGAUCACUUCAUGACCCAGUACACUGGAGGCAGAGAGCUAGUGUCUACUGCUGAAUUGAAGUUGUUAAUUAGAGGGGGCGUACCCAUGCAGCAUAGGGGGCGUGUCUGGAAAUUCUGUGUCAGACGUACAAUUCAAAAUCGAUAUAUACCAGGAUUCUAUUAUCAAAUAUUAGCAGAUAAUGCCAGCAAGACGUCAGUUGCUUUGAGUCAAAUUGAGUUAGACUUGUUAAGGACACUCCCAUCAAAUAAAUAUUACAAUCACGCAUCAGCACCUGGUAUAGCAAAGUUAAGGCGGGUGCUAGUUGCAUACAGCUGGUAUGAUUCGUCAGUUGGUUACUGUCAAGGGCUCAACAGACUGGCGGCCAUUGCACUUUUAUUCCUUGAAGAAGAAGACGCCUUCUGGACUCUGGUUGCUGUGGUACUUCAUUUAUUACCUCCGGACUAUUACGACAAGACUUUAAUAGGUUCACAAACUGACCAGAAAGUUCUUAGUGAGUUGAUUACGGAUAAAAUGGCAAUGCUUGGAGGUCAUUUGUCAACNUGCGAGAUUAAUUUCUCACUGAUCACUUUCAACUGGUUUCAUACUCUCUUCAUCGAUAACUUCCCAAUCGAUACCACUCUCAGGAUUUGGGAUACUUUCUUAUACGAGGGCAGUAAAGUUUUAUUCCGCUAUGCCAUGGCCGUCUUCAAAGAGAACGAGGAAGAAUUACUGAAACAGGAAAACUCAAUACAAAUAUUCAACAAGAUGAGAACAAUGGCUCAGCGAUCGUCAAACAUUAACAAAUUAACUCAAAUUGCAUUUCAUGACCCAAUGAUGAGAAACUUUUCCAAAAGGAAGAUAACACAGAGAAGGGACUACCAUCGAUCCUUAGUACAGGCUGAGCAGAACUCCAUUGAAAUUGAGAGAGUGAAACGGAAACAUGAUUCUCCGAGAUACAAUGAUGUCGAUAGCGAUGAUGACGAUACAUGAAAGAUACUUCAGUAAAUAUUAUUUUAUAGACUUUUAGUAAUGUAAGUUCACACUUACCCACGGAGUGUGUUUUAUCAUUAUUUAUUAUUAUUAUUAUUGUUUUUUAAAACUGUUUUUUCUUUUCUUUCACUAUAAUAAUUCUGCUGAUUUUUAUAGUAA